AUGCAUUUUGUGCGUGGAUUUUCGACCAGUCAAGGGACUUAUAAGUCUGCAUGCUCGCUCGUGAAACCAGUGCAUCAUUUGGUGAAGGUCGACAAAUCCAAGCUCUCGCCAAGAUUCGAGGGCCUAAAAUAUGACAAGAACGAUAUCAGAUCGCCAGCAUUCAGGCCGGUUGCUACACAUCAGGACAGAGUCAGUGACUACUACCAUGACACACUUCAGUCUGAUCUCCUUCUGAUCAAUUACUCACACAAGGCAGAGGUGAAAAAAGGUGUGAAGAACAGAACAUGGGACUAUUCUAGUCCAUACCAUGUGAACAGACAGGUCAGGAAACCCAAAGGUUCAGAAAUACAGCUUCCCGAUAUCAAACCGAUUAAGUGGCAUAAUAUCCCGGCCAUCGAGUCUGUAGUGAUAAAUUGCUAUGUGAAGGAAGCUAGAGAAAACCAAUUGUUGCCCAUCAGCGCCGGUCUGCAGUUACAACAACUCACGGGCUGUAAACCUCGUCCCGUUUACUCGAGAACAGAUGUUCCUACCUGGAAAGUGAGGAGAGGUACUCACAUGGGAGCGAAAGUUGAGCUCAAGGGCCGUCCCAUGGCUCAGUUUUUGAGCACAUUGACUGAAAUUGUGCUACCAAGGAAAAGAGAGUACAAGGGUAUUAGCAACAAGUCUGGUAGCCGCUUUGGAAGUAUCUCUUUCGGCCUGACCUCUGAAGACGUCAAGUUUUUUCCCGAAAUUGAAUCAAACCAAGAUCUGUGGCCCAAGACCUUUGGUAUGCAUAUCAAUAUCAACUCAUCUGCUCAGAACGAUGUCCAAGCCAGAACCCUGAUCAGUGCUUUCGGACUUCCAUUUCACGGUCCUGAGAAACUAAGAUGA